UCAUUAAUAAUUUUAUUAGUGAAUGAGUUUAUCAGCUCCUUUUUUUGGGAGAAGAUUUUAUCAAAGGGUAUGGAGGAGAAAACAUAAGAGUUCCAAUUAAGUUUUUGAGGAAAGGAGGGGGCUUUAAAUGCAGGCUAAGAAUGAAGCACAGUAGAUGUUGUAUUUUCCUCUAAUUUGGUAUCGAGGUUUCUCUCUGGAGAGUUGCUAGAAACUCUAGCUCUGCCCCGAUGGGGAUCCAAGGGAGAUGGUCUUAGAUGCUUACAAAGUGGCUUUACGUGAUACUUCUUUAUCCUGGUGGACAGUCUAACCUAAGUGUCUAACUCAUGACCAGGUUUCCCUCUUACAGGGAACUUGAAUAUACUGGCAGGUACCUUUGUGGUUCGUGCCUGACUUGUGUCCAGUGUGUGAGAUAGCCACUCUCUAGGAGAGCCAUGACUGGGCAGGGGGUUAGGUUUGGUUGUGUUGGUCAGGUGAGACACAGAGGAGGCAUGAAAUAACAGAAGCAGUGUAUGUUAUUUACAGACCCAGAAAGAAGAGAGCAGCACACCUCAGGGCCAGUAGGAGGAAGGGGAGUCAUCCAGGACACGUGCUCUCAACUGAUGGUUGGGAAGAAGACAGAAAGAGAUAGACAUGUGGGUCAAAGUCUUUACUGGGGUCCAUGGUGUUACCCAAGUGUUGCAGCAUCCCUGGAAGUGUCAGAGAGCCCUGGGAGUAUCCAAGUGGCCCGGGGUCAGACAGCAGUCCUGCCCUGCACUUUCACUACCAGCGCUGCCCUCAUUAACCUCAAUGUCAUUUGGAUGGUCACUCCUCUCUCCAAUGCCAACCAACCUGAACAGGUCAUCCUGUAUCAGGGUGGACAGAUGUUUGACGGUGCCCCCCGGUUCCAUGGUAGGGUAGGAUUUACAGGCACCAUGCCAGCUACCAAUGUCUCUAUCUUCAUUAAUAACACCCAGUUAUCAGAUACUGGCACCUACCAGUGCCUGGUCAACAACCUUCCAGACAUAGGGGGCAGGAACAUUGGGGUCACCGGUCUCACAGUGUUAGUUCCCCCUUCUGCCCCACACUGCCAAAUCCAAGGAUCCCAGGAUAUUGGCAGCGAUGUCAUCCUGCUCUGUAGCUCAGAGGAAGGCAUUCCUCGACCAACUUACCUUUGGGAGAAGUUAGACAAUACCCUCAAACUACCUCCAACAGCUACUCAGGACCAGGUCCAGGGAACAGUCACCAUCCGGAAUAUCAGUGCCCUGUCUUCAGGUUUGUACCAGUGUGUCGCUUCUAACGCUAUUGGAACCAGCACCUGUCUUCUGGAUCUCCAGGUUAUUUCACGGGCAUUCUUUUAUUGGAGAAGCAAAAAUAAAGAGGAGGAGGAAGAAGAAAUUCCUAAUGAAAUAAGAGAGGAUGAUCUUCCACCCAAGUGUUCUUCUGCCAAAGCAUUUCACACUGAGAUUUCCUCCUCGGACAACAACACACUAACCUCUUCCAAUACCUACAACAGUCGAUACUGGAGCAACAAUCCAAAAGUUCAUAGAAACACAGAGUCAGUCAACCACUUCAGUGACUUGGGCCAGUCUUUCUCCUUCCACUCAGGCAAUGCCAACAUACCGUCCAUUUAUGCUAAUGGGAGCCAUCUGAUUCCGGGUCAACAUAAGACUCUGGUAGUGACAGCCAACAGAGGGUCAUCACCACAGGUGAUGUCCAGGAGCAAUGGCUCAGUCAGUAGGAAGCCUCGGCCUCCACACACUCAUUCCUACACCAUCAGCCACGCAACACUGGAACGAAUUGGUGCAGUACCUGUCAUGGUACCAGCCCAGAGUCGGGCUGGGUCCUUGGUAUAGGACAUGAGGAAAUGUUGUGUUCAGAAAUGAAUAAACGGAAUGCCCUCAUACAAGGGGGAGGGUGGGGUGGGGGAGUGCUGGGAAAGAAACACUUCCUUAUAAUUAUAUUAGUAAAAUGCACAAAGAAGAAGGCAAUGCUGUUACUUGGCCACUAAGAUGUGUAAAAUGGACUGGAAUGCUCCGUCAUGAAGACUUGCUUCCCCACCAAAGAUGUCCUGGGAUUCUGCUGGAUCUCAAAGAUGUGCCAAGCCAAGGAAAAAGAUAUAAGAGCAGAAUAGCACUUAAAAUCCAAACUGCUGCCCAGAUGGGCUUGUUCUUCAUGCCUAACUUAAUAAUUUUUAAGAGACUAAAGUGCCAGAUGGAGUUUAAAUAUUGAAAUUAUUUUAAAAGGUAGGUGUCUUUAAGAAAAUAACAAGCAACCCUGUGAUAUGUUCCGUCUCUCCCAAUUCCCUCGUUAUGUAGAGGGCUUAAUGGUAUAAAUGGUUAAUAUUGGUCCCAACAGGGCUGACUCUUCUAUCAUAUAAUCAAAACUUUUUACAUGAGCAAAAUUCAGUAAGAAAUGGGGGAAAACAAAGGAAAUGUCUUUGAGAAGCCCCUUCAUAUUUAUUUAUUUAUCUCUUCCUGAACCAUGAAUUUCAUAUUUGGAAUAUUGCUAUAUUGACAGAUUCUUGCCUGUCUAUGUUAUUCUAGGAUCUGUUACAGGUCCAUGGCAAUUACUGUUUAUUUUUUCCUGGAAAAAUAUUUUUUUAUAAAAGAUUUUUUUUUUUUAAUACAUGAGAGGCAUUGGGCUAAGAGAGAAAAGACUGUUGUAUAAUACCUUCUUCGAUGGUUGUAUUUAGUGAGCUCAUAGAGGUCCAUCAUAUCAUGACCGAGCUAGGUUGUGUGGGCAGGAAGGUAGGGCUAAGGGGUUGUAGCCUUGCUGGGCAGCCUCUCAGAGCAAGGUUGUUCAGAUCCCCCUUGCUAUUACAGUAGGUUACUAUUAAUGAGGGCAGCACCUGAUGCCUUUUGUACUGAGGUAGGUAACUUUCUCCUUAUUUGACAAAUAGAGGUUAACUUACUUGUCAGGGAGGGCAGACAUUGUUUUUUUGUUUUGUUUUGUUUUUCAAAAUAAUUCUUUUUGCAAAAGAGGUAAGACUGAGACAAAAGGUGUUACUUUCUGGUGUGCUCCUGGAAGUGUCUACCCUACAUUUGUGUCAGCUCAGGGUUGCAGUGUUGCCCAGAUGCAUUUUACACCACUGUAAAGAGAUUCUUUUUGUGGUUACUACCUGGCUUGGCUGGCCUUGCGGUUCACCAGAUUAAUUUGCAAACUCCCCCACUUUAUUUUGUGCUAUGUAGAUCUGGCCAUACUUGUAUUAGUGACUGUCUUGCCUUAACCACACUUUAAGCAACCCACAAAUUUCUUCCCAGAUUUGUUUCCUAGAUUACUUAUGAUACUCAUCCCAUGUCUCAGUAAGAGUGUCUUUUCUUUCUAGAUGUGUUCUCUCACUCCCUCUUACCACCAUACUUUUUGCCCUCUUCUCCUGCAAGCGUAGUCUUCACAGGGAGUGGCUUCCUGACAUUUUUUUCAGUUAUGUGAAUGAAUGGAAACCAACAGCUGCUGCAAACACUGUUUUUCCAAGAAGGCUACACUCAGAACCUAACCAUUGCCAACCAUUUCAGUAUUGAUAAAAAGCUGAAUUUACUUUAGCAUUACUUAUUUUUUUCCAUUUGAUGGUCUUACUUUGUAAAAAUUUAAAUAAAUGAAUGUCUAUACUUUUUAUAAAGAAAAGUGAAAAUACCAUGACACUGAAAAGAUGAUGCUAUCAGAUGCUGUUUAGAAAGCAUUUAUCUUGCAUUUCUUUAUUCUUUCUAAUUAUCUAAAAUUCAAUAAAAUUUUAUUCAUAUAAAAUAA